AUGUCGUUUAUGUCUUUUAUGGCGUCUACCGCCCAUGAAUUGUGGUAUAGUCCGUUUGAAAUGUCUAUGAAAGAACUAGAAAAAGAUGAGUUGAAUCUUGAAAACCAGGAACUUUCCAUUAAGCAAUAUGGCUUUCAAUGGAUACGGCCCAUUGGGAUUAAUAAGACUAUGCAGGAACAAGCAGAACUCGGAGAGCGAGAGGCCGAGGCAGGCAAUGUGGACACAGAAAUUGAUGAGGAAGAGCUGAGGAGCGAUGAUUUUCCUCAGCCAAAUGAGCAAGAAACGCAGGAUGUGGAUUUGGAUGCAGACGUCACGAAUGCAGAUGCCUCUGAAUUCUACGAAGAAAUGAGUGACUUCGAUUUCCAAGGAUAG